UGCGCUGCGAUAGUGUUUGCGGGAAGCUUCACCUAUAUCCAUGUUUCCCUUGAUCUUAAUGAGUGGAUAUCUUUGAUCCACUGUAUACAUUGUGCAAGCAAUGACGUUGACACGUGUAGUGUCUGUGGAACGAGCAACGGCAGGACUUCUCCGUGCAAAUUUUCCCUUUUGUUCGCUGAUGGUCGGCAUCGUUAGAAAAAAUAAUGGAGCAAACGGAACCUAUCAGUUCGCAGCAGCUAUACACAAAAGUGCAGUGUGUGCGCUGAAGAAAAUAGUCCACCGGGAAGAAAACGGAGUGACUGUGAUUGAGGGAACGUUCGUCGAUUCGCCUCAUAAGGAAAAACUAUUACGGCCUGCUGCAUCUGCAAUCGAGACCGAAACCCGUAGUUGCCCGCUGUGUUCUUUGGGAAUCCAUGACGUGAAGCACACAGAUGUGCUUAUCAUCUCUCAGUUUAUGGACCGAAAAGGAAAUAUCCUGCCCCAAAAGGUGACUGGCCUCUGCUUCCGACAGCAUAAGUUGAUCUCCCUAAGGCUAUACGAAGCUCAACGGUGCGGAUUAAUACCAAGUGAAGUGCACAAACCCAACGAGAGAUGGCAAGAGCUAAAUAACUACUUCGGCAUUACCAAAACGAAAGUAGAUUUUGGCAAGCCCAAAAUUGACAUCCGGGACUUUCUUAAGAAGCCGUCGAACAAGAAGGUUUGGGAAUAAUGUCCGCCUACGAAUGAAGGUUCUACAUAAUUUUAGUAUGUGUCAUCGUUUGACAUUAAUCUUUAGUUUAGGUAUUACAAAUCCUUUUCAAUAACAAAUACAAAUAAAUAAAUGUUGGGCUACAUUCUACAUUUGAA